UACGAGUUCAGGGAGAAGCAGGCGGUGGAAGGUAGUGCUGGCACUAGCAGCAUGUACUCCUCUGCUAGUACAACGUCGAGUAGUUCCUCGUCCUACACUUCUGCGACAAACAAGAACGAAACGACGAAAACCCGCACGAUGCGCGUGUUUGAGGACAAUUUGGAUAUCAAAGAGCCGGCGGCGCGGUUGGCGAAUUACGUGGAGGUGAAGGACCUGCAGGAGGAGUCGGUGUUUCUGAAGAUGGAAGUCAAAGUGAAAUACGGGAAGUGCCAGCUGUGGCCGGAGAAAAUGCUGAUCCAGGCGGACCGGGAGAUUGCGCAGGUGGACACGCCGUGGGAGGAUGAGCGGGGCUGCUUCACGGACGGCAGACCGGAGUCGAUCAACAGUGUCCUGCAGCACAUGCGGUACAUUUCGCCGAAAAAUUUCUUCGGCCAGGACGAGAUCGAGCUGAAGAUCUACCGCGACCCGGACUUCUAUUUACCGGGGCGGGAUUUUUCCAUUCUCGAAGAGCCGUUGAACACCGAAAUCUUGAACCCCACCGGGAAUCAAGUGGAGCAGGUCCGGCAACAGUACAUCGAGCAGAACGCGAAGAGAUUGAAAAUCCCCGUCGAAGUCGUUCCGGUGAAUGACGCGCCGCGGCUCUCCUCCGACCGCACCUUUUACUCCGUUUUGGAGGACGGGCUACCGUUUCCGGUGGAGCAGAUUUAUUUGGAAGAUGUCGACAGCAGGGAGGAGAUCACGCUGUUUGUCUAUUUAGACGACGGGGGCGUGUUUGAGCAGAGGAUUUUGGUGUGCGGACCCGAGCUAGAUCUGAACGCCACGAGUGGCACUGGUUUUGAGGGAGGUAAUGACACGAACGACACGGCUGGGUCAUCUUCGAGUAGGAGGCUGUCUUAUCACAGUUCUUCAUCUUCGGGUUCAUCUAGUGCCAUGUCUUCUUCUGGUUCCUCGUCUAGUGCUGGAUCCUCUUCCACCUCCAGUUCUGGCGGAGGCGGCGGCUCUUCCUCCUCAUCCUCGGGCUACGUCUCAGCCUCGAGCGGCUACAGCUACGAGUACAUGGCGGAAAACAAAGUCAAAGGAUUUUUGCAGAUGUAUCGAAAGGAAAAAUCCCCCCUCCCCAUAUCAAAACGGAAUUUCUAAUGCUGGAUUUGUGUACACAAAUCAGGUUUGUAUUGCAGAGAGGCACUGCGGCCGGAUCCCCAGGCUAGGUAGGGGCGUAUGGGUCUAGUUGUUCAGCACGGCAAGCGGGUCGCUUUUAGGCCCAACAGCAUGACAAAUCGCUUCCAUAAUGGGGCGAAAGCUUCUGCCCUUGUCUUCUUGCAAGACAAACAUGAUUUGUGACCUUAAAUCAGCAACGCAAAUUUUCGGCAACAUACCUUUUCAUCGAUAUGGGGUCGGGGGAUUUUUCCUCUCAAUAAGAUGAACGCCGAGGAGAGAAACGUCGACGCCGUGUUGAAGCACCUCGCCCCUGUGAAAAACGGCGUGGAGCACUUGUAUCCGAACGUUUCCGUGCAGUUGUUCGACCCCUUUGGAUACCACUACGACAGCGACAGCAGUGCCGGACAGAACAUUCUGAACGGGAACGACACGGGUUUACUGUUGAACGUCUCCUACCGGGUAAACUCCGUGCUCUACCCGAACAAGUACAGUGCGUGCUUUGAAUCCUUCUACGGGCUAGCUCUGACGGGGUCUGUACAAGAUAUCCACAAGAUUGUCAACCAGGACAAGAACUUGCGGAUAAGAACCCAAAUCGACUACGCGGACGCGUUAUCAAAUGCAAAAGUGUCUGGGUCUGGAAGGUUGCAACUUGUGAUGCUGUUUUUGGAUUCCAAAAAAAUCUGUAUUGCAUGACCAGCAAGAGGCGUCCAGUUUGUGCUACGCGAGGACGGUAUCUCUCAUGCGGAAUAGGCAUCAGGAAGCCCUCUAAAAAUCUGUGAUGCUAGGGCAUGCAUUACAGACAUCAUGGGUCACGCAAAAUGUGCAUGACAAACAUGGCGAUCUUCCAGACCCAGACAUUUUUACAUUUGAUACGCGUUCUUAGUGAAGUAUUUCGCGGUAGACAACCUGAAAGACGCCAAGCCGGUCGAGACCCUAACUCCCGGCACCAACAGCUACGGCCAGGCGGUGAUGAGCUACAGCCAGGCGGACAGCUCCAAAGAUCCGAAAAUGUCGAAUGAGAUCACCGCGCACGUGAUUGUGCAAGAAGUGCCGGACGCGCCGAAGUUGUCAAACGUCUGCGAGUUCGACGCCUUGGAGGAAUACGCGUUCCGGGAAGUGCAGAAACCGGAGUACAAUGAUUUGUUCCCCGCAAAUUCGGCGCCGCACAACAGAACCCUGACACAAAUCAACGUCGUUCGGGAUUUGUUCGUCCGGAACGUCACCUUUGCCUACCGCGAGCAGGUGGAUAAUGGUGUUGUGGCCGCCCCUUCGCCCGAAGAAGUUUCAAAUAACUCGUCAGCAGUAUCUGCGUCUAGUACUUCCUUUACCAACGCCCUACUGAUUCGCAACACGAUGCAGCGGGUGAGUGUUGCAAACGCUCACCCGCACCCGUUUUUAGCUGAUUCCGCAUCUGCUUCUCUCGAAAGCACCCAGGGCGUUUUGUACGUGGAGAAGAUCCGAAACCGCUACUACGUGCACAACGCGACCUUGUCCUCGGAACCCUUCCUCGGCUUGGUUCGACGCGGCGGCUGCACGCAGAUCCGGCACUGCGUGAUCCUGGAGCCGUCCAACGAGUGGGAAAGCUACGACUCCACCGUGGUCGCGUACCUGAAGGUCAAAGACGAUUACUGGUCGAAAUUUUUGGAGCAGACAUUGAACUGCACCUUGUUCACGUCCGCCUUGCAAAACGACACGACGAGCCUGAAACUGCUGCAAGCGCAGACGGCGGCGGACGUGGUGUUGCCCGAAGAAUGUAAGAAUUCGAACGCGACCGGUUCUGGGACUUCAUCGACGAACAGCACUGGCAGCGCGACUGCUGGAAUAAUUGAUGACGACGACUCCUCAAAUUCUACUGCGGUGGUUGACCCGGGCAUUUCGACCAUCCCUAAUCCAGAGCGACUUUUUCAGUUCAUGCACGGCUGGUCUUUAUCCGUGGAGGACGCGAAUGUCGAGCUUCGCGGGGAGAAGACCGACCGGCUGUACGUCAUCGGAGAGCUGGCUUCCGUCAGUAAGGCGCUCAAGGGCGGGAUUUAUCUGGAGUCGGCGAGAACGAUUUGGGACGACAAGGGGGCGUUGAAGACGCUGGAUUUUUUUGUCGACAUCGAGGUCAAAUCCCUCGGCAGGCUUUUCGACCCAGAUUCCGACCCGGUCAAGCUGUUCCACGAGGAGACGGACAUCGAGUCGAUGUCGGAGGAUAGGGAACGGUGGUACUACCCGUCCGAAAUGACGGAAAUUUUCGGCGACAUUUAUUCCGGGGACGCGUUCUACCAGGAGUACCACGGGCCGGUGUUGCUGGGGAUGACCCCGACGUGGACGAUUCACGACCCGGCGUUCGUCACGCCCUACCAGAAAUUGAGCACAGGUGCUGGUGCUACUGAGGACGAAGAUGACUUGGCGAUUCUCGUGCCGCAGAGUAGUGGUGGAGGAACUACCUCAAAUUUGACUAACGGCACCAACGGAACGAAUUCGUCGAGUACCUCAACAUCGACAGGAGUCAACAACUCCUCUGCAACGACCGAAAAUAACGACACAAACAGCACAAAUGCUUCUUUCUCCUUCCCGGUCCCACCACCUCGUUUUUACGACCAGACGCUGAAUCGCUUCCCUUCCGUCCAGCGGUCGUUGAAAGUCCAGUUUCGCCGCAUCAACACGCCGCCGAUCAUCGAGACGAGCGGCGAGUCGGUCUUCUUCGAGACCACAAAUCUCGACGAGUUCACCAUCCCCAAGUCCGCCCAGAUUCAGAUCAAGGACCCGGAUGUCGGCGCGCCGAAGGAUUUGCAGCAGUUGCUUGCCGAGGACAGCAUCAAUUUCGUGCCCUCGGUGAUCUCGCAAGCGACCGUGUUUCAGCCGGCGAAGGCGGCUUUGGUGCCCAAGCACGUGUUAUGCAUUGCAAAAAUGUCUGGGUCUGGAAGGAUGGAACUUGUCAUCGUAAAUCUGAAGCAUGCAGAAAUCUGUGUUGCAUGAGUGCCGAAUGCUGUCCACUUUUGACCAAAUUGGAACGGAGUUUCUCAUGCAGAAUAGGCAUGGCAGAGACCUCGCAGAGUCUGUCAUCCUAAGUCCCACAUUCCAGACCACAUGGGUCAUGGAAAAUCUGCAUGACAAGCCUACACUCUUCCAGACCCAGACAUUUUUACAGUUGAUACGUGUACGACGUGCACGUCCGGAUUGAGUCGCCGAUUUUGCAAAACGUUUCCUUCGCGAACGAGUUUUUUCCCGUCGAAUCCGAGGGCACGAAGGAAUUUGUCGUUUCCGCGGCGGAAGCGAACAAGAACUUGCAAGACACGCUGAAGGUGUACUUCCCGUCGCAGUACUGGUACGGAACCGCACCGAUCACAUUGAAGGUGAGCGACUUGGGCAACGCGGGGUACGACGCGUUUCCGCCCCUACCGCCGGAGCACACGGCCUUCGAGUUCUAUUCCGUGCAGGGAUGUGUGCACGUGGACGCGGUAGACAACAGCGGCGGGGAGCUGGCGGUUUUGCGGGAGGGCGUUGAAGAUUCCGACGCUUCUGCGACGAACAGCACAACAUCAGCAGAUUCCUCAUCACUGAACAACCAAACCGCGUACGAAAAAGUUUCCAUCGCGAAAAUCCCGCCCUCGGCCGAGCACAGCAGCCGCUGGUGGGACAGCUUGUUUUCCAAGUCCUACACGAUCGAGUUCUACGUGAAGUACGACGGGACAGAGAAGGUUUUGUUCUCGACGAACAGGGAUCUACCGCUGUUGGAAGCGCAAAAAGACUACGAUCCGUUCGCGAACUACAGCAGUGACGCGGUGAGUAACGAGACAACCGCGUUGACGCCCGGGAGCAAGCAGGAAGUGGACAUCGAAAACCCGAAGGAUUUUUCCACGUUUGCGUACGACCUGGAUUUCGCGGACACGCCCGGCGGCAUCAAUCUGUACGCGGAGAAUCCGGAUGUGCCGAGCUGCCCGGUCGUGGAGGAUUUCCCGCUGAUCGACUUGCAGAACUUGACAGUCUAUCAAAUGCGAAUUUGUCUGGGCGUCGAAGAAUGCGAGACUUGUCAUGCAUGCUCUGCGUGACCCAUGAUUUCUGUGAUGUAUGCUCUAGCAUCACAGAUUUUGUGAUGGCUUCCUGAUGCCCAUGCCUAUACUGCAUGAGAAGUGCCCCCUCCGCGUAGCAAAAACUGCGCCCCUCUUGGUGCUGACCCAAUACAAGUUUCUGUAGAAUCCACAGCCAGCAUCACAAGUUUCACUCUUCCAGAUCCAGACAUAUUUGCAAUGGAUACAGUCACCACCAGCCAGUACUCGGAGAAAAACGCCAGCAGCUUCGCGAUUGACUCGGAUUACUCCACCUGCUCCGCGACCGACGACUCGGGGUUCGCGGCGGGUAGCCACUGGUGGCGGAUCCGGUUCACGAAUCAGCAGAUCAGGUUGCGGAGGUACCGGGUGUACCUGCCGUCUGGGAGUCGCUUUAUGACGACGGAAGAGAAGGAAAACAUUCUCCUCACCGUCGACGUCGCGGGCACGGGCCAGACGCACCACGCGCUGCCGAAGGGGAAAUUACUGACUGACGAAGCAACCGGGUCGGAGUUCGUCGAGGGUGAGGUCGAUAUCGCGGUGAAGGAGCUGCGGGUCUGGAACUCGGCGGCCAACGGGAACAAAAUGAUCGGAAUUUGCGAGCUCCAGCUGUUCGGGGAUUCGUCGAAGUACACGCCCCAGGUUUUCGCCCGGGUGGAUGCGCAGAGCGACGCCUUUGCCUUCAACGGCGACGCUUUUGCGGUGGUGAACGACAGCAACAGCAGUUCGAUCGCGAACACGCAAACGGGCACGUACGGGACCGGGAUGCUGAUGCGGUCCAGGUACCGGAAUAAGGGGCACCUGGCUGGAAUUAGGGUUGCGAUGGACGCGACAAACUACUAUGAUUUUUUUCUCCCAAAGGACAAACAGCAUCUGUCUUUGGAGGAAUUGAUAGGAACUAGCGAAGAGGAAGUGGAAAGAAUGGUGUUGAACGACCAGAAUGUAGUAUCAACUGACACUCUACAUUCAGCGACCUACGCGGAUAGCAUUACCACGUGUCAAAACGUCGCGAACUUGGCGAAGGUGGAAGCCGCUCUCGCGUCGGAAAACGGUAUUUACGACGUACCAUCAAGCAGCGCGGGUGACAGCCGGGUAGCGAACUUGGUCGGUCCGGACAGUGGUCUGGUGCGGAAUAGCACCAUGACCGGCUUCGGUUUCCCCUUCGCGGGAGAAGGGACAGACGAUUCCGACACGCGGGAGAGGAGUAGAUGUAGCAACGUCGGGAAGCUGCUUUUCAACUUGAAGGUCUCCAGCGAGCACGGCGGGUUUUUGCUGGGGAACAGUUCUUUGCCGCUCUCGGUGGAAAGAUACAAUCGGGAGAACGCGAUGAUCUUAGCGCGGCUCGGCGUUCUCCACGACUUCUCCUCUUCCUGCUGCACGCAACCCAUGAACGUGAUUGGUGUGGGUGUGGAAAGUUCUCCCAGCGCAAACAUGCCGGACGACUCGACGGGACCCUCAGGGGCUGGGAACUCCGGGGUUUUGGAGUCCUUCCAAAUUGAACCGUUGUCUGGUGGGGUGAAUAGCUCGUUUUCUUCCUCGGGCUCCGCAGGAGCCGCUAGUACAACUACACCUUUCAAGUUCCGGCAGUUGCAGGGGUUUAUGCUCUACAGGCUGACGUAUCAGACCACAACCACGUCGACCACGACACGUAGGCCACUCCCGUCGUAUUGCCUAAAAGGGGCCACGACGUCUACCACGGCAGGCGCAUCGAGUACAACACCCAAAACCCCCGACGAAAUUCGGCACUCGCGCGGCUCGUCCGACUCCACGGUGGGAAAGUUUCGCGAGUACCAAUUUGACUCGGACGCGACACUGCAGGUGGAUAAGUCCGGGCGUUUGUUUAUCCUAAGCAAAAACGUCCCCACCCCAUAGUCAAGUUGGGAAUCUAGCAACACAAAUCUCCAAGUUUUGGGACCUGUGCAUCACAGGUUUCCCUCUGCAGCGUAGUGCUGAUUGGCAAGAUAAGCCGCAUGAGUAAGCCAUUUUCACAUCCUGUUUACAGCAUUACAAAUUCCAAAACACGACUGGAAAUUCCUCUCAUGGAGCUGCGCAUUACAAAUGUUCCUGUCAUUGCACAUUUGCAUAACAACUCUGGUGUGGGGACGUUUUUACUCAGGAUACUGUUCUACCAAAUCGCGCGGUCGAAUCUGCCGAUUCAGUACUGGGCCAGAUCUAUCCCACAGAAAAAAGCUGGCAGGGCAUAUUUGUAAUGCAAAAAUAAACACACAGAAAAAUCUGUCAUGGGCGGCCUCAUAGCAUGCAAUGCAAAAAAAAUUUUUUGUCUAUUUAUAUUUGCAUUACAAAUAAAUAUGACCUGCCAGUUUUUUUCUGUGUGAUAAGAUCCGGGCUAACGGCAACGAACACACUGGAGGUCGGCCGGUGGUCGCACAUCGCGCUGGUGCACACGAGAAACGAGGGCCAGCCGUGGCAGAAGAACACCGCGGCGAUCUUCGUGGACGGCAACGAAAUUGUCCGGUUCCCGCUCUGGAACAUCUACUCGCCGUUGGACAAGAAAGCUACUGGAUUACACUUCUGCGGCUAUCGGUUUACGCAGAUGAAGGUGUGGACGCAGGCGACGCCGAAGGGGGAUUUAGGAGUUUGCACCAACCGACACAAAACUCUUUCCGUCACGCAGAACGCGGACUACCGCUACCGGAAUUUGAAGCUCGAUUUGUCUUUAGAGGAUCGGUUUUACUACAAUCAGGAUCUGAUGAACGACGACAAAUUUUCCCUCGCCAUUGCCGGCCGCUGGCGCGCGGACGGGCCGUCCAGGUGCCGGUACGAUCGGUCGAUGUUGACGUACUGCUUGUGCUACCACGGGACGCUGUCCAAUUCGAUCCUGAAGCAGCACAGCAACGCGAACGUCGACCGCGAAAAAUUCCCGGACGUGGAUGUGGUCAGCGACAUCACCCGGAAGUACUACUACCGCAGCCGACAAGCCUUGAAAUCACCAGGCGAGGACGCGAACUCCGCCGACCACGUUCUGCCCGAGAUGUCGGUCCGGAUUUCCCACGCGGCGGUGCAAAAAGCGGAGCAGGAGCUCUCCGUGUUCCGGCCGUACUCCGCGGUGGACACGAAACCGACACUGAUCAUGCGGGGCGCGGGCAGAAACGAACUGGACUGGAAGUUCCACAAAACGAACAUCACGACGGUCGCAACAACGUCGAGCCAAAACACAACACUUUCCCCCUCGGAGAACACUGACCUGGAGAUCGCGACGGGCUACCAGGUUGGCGAGGACGGCGCGAUGACGGUGGACCUGCACAUCGAAGAUUUCGAGCGGUGGGACAUGAGCUACUUUUCGCACCGCGUGGAAGUUGCGGUCACUUGCGAUCACUGCUUCUUGCGUUCCCUGUCGCAAACGUCCGGGCUGCGGAUGGAGGUCAGGGACGACACCGCCGCCAACAGCACGACCAAGCCGUUCGACGAACUUUCCGCGAAACUGGCCCUGGACCCGACUACGCCGCCGCUGUUGGAGAACCAGAUGCGGAAGAAGUUUUUCUACGUCGCGGCGCCGCUGAAGUAUUUGAACGAAUUCUUGUCCCGCCUGGAGUACAAGCCGGACCGCAACUUCUUCGGCGUGGACCCGGUUUUGGUGCAGGCGAAAGACCCGACCGGGAAACUGUCGAAUCGGAUAGACAUUCUGAUCGACGUACAGCCGGUGCCCGACAUCCCCGCGCUGAUCUGUCCGCCGAGUCUGGAGCUAGACGAGAACGACUUCGACGACAACCCAGGCUUUGACAAAUUGUUCCUCCGGGACAACGACGUGCCGGAGGGCGAAUCGGAUGACAACUAUCAAAAGGAAAAACCCCCCCUCCCCAUAUCGAAAAGGUAUGCUUCCGAAAAUUUGUGUUGCUGAUUUCAGACCACAAAUCAAGUCUGUCUUGCAAGAAGACAAGCGCAGAAGCUUCCGCGCCAUUAUGGAAGCGAUUUGGCAUGCGGUUGGGCCUAGGGGAGAGCCGUUUUCAAUGCUAAACAGCUAGACCCAAACGCCUCUACCUAGGCUGAGGAUCUAGCUGCGAUGCCGUAUUGCAAGACAGCGCGCAUUUGUGUACAGAAAACCAGCAUCAGAAACUUUCUCUCGAUAUGGGGAGGGGGGAUUUUUCCUCACAAUAGCAACGUGGUCUAUUCCUUCACUGCGCAAGUCAGUGAGGGGUUCAUUCGGUACAAUUCGAGUCUCGCGUUUAUGGCGUUCUCAAAUGUUACAUUCUCAACUGCUACAUAAAUUUGUGAUGCAAGAACGGCAAAAAUGAAAGGGGGAAGAUUGCGCCUUUCGCAUUACAGAUUUGGCACAGAUUCAGAUGCUGUUUAGUCCUUCGUAGAUUUGCCAUGCGAAGCAGCUUAAUCGCGGCGAUCUUGCUGGUAAAUUUGCAUGACAAAUCAUGUAACAGUUGAGAAUGUAACGUUUGAGAGUUCCAUAGCGUUCCCGGAAAUUCUGUCAACCGGUGGUGCUUCCAGUGCGGUAGAAACGAUGCGGGUAGCCAACGACUCGGUGGUGGUGGAGCAGAACAAGCUGACCACAAUCAACCGGCUCGCCGACAUACGACAGGUAGAGGAAUAGUGAUUUUUAUUCUACUUUCUUGAUUAAUAUACCAUACGCAUGACCAUGAUGAGUUUUGAUCCCCAUGUAAUUUCAAUCAUCAUGCGCUCCCAGCCACUCUCGCUCGCAGUCGUUGAGUCUCUGCUCUCCCACUUUUUGUUUUGGGGUUCGGAGAAUUUAGAUCUGCUAUAGGAAAAGAUGGCAUUUGUCUGUCGAGUGUGCCCUUGUCAUGUACUAUGGGUUGGCAUUCGCCCUGGAAAUGCCAGAUACUUACUGCUCGAAUUACGAGAAUCAGCGCGAAUGCAUUUCCUGCACGCGUGCGAAAAGCGAUCAUUCCGACGGCCAUUAACUUCAGGGUCCUGUCGAUGGUUGAUCACUGAGGAUCGUUCCUGCGCAGAUGUUGAGUCUCCGUGCUGCUUUUUCAGUGUAGCACGGAGAAUUUAAUUCUGCUAGAGAAAAAAUGGUCUUUGUCUGUCGGUCCAGUGCGUUCCAAAAAUCGCUGUGGCCGCCCUGGAUGAUCCAAACAAUUUUAUUUCCCACUCGUUCUUGUGUUUGUCUUGUUGUCAGUUUUCUUGCAUGUGCAUCUACAAUAAAAUCUUUGGCGAUGAACCAAAAUCGAUUGACCACACCAAGACCAAACCACUUCUACAGAUUCUGAAGGGUAUGACCUACGAGGCAUCCUCCAGCACCUUCCACGGUGUCGUGCUAGCAACCUUCAAUGCCCAGAACGUGGCGCCGAACAGUUUGGCAAUGGAGUGCAGUGCGGGCCUCCUCGUUCACCCGGUGAACACCGCGCCGACGGUUAGCUACACAGGACCGCUGACGGUCUCGAGGAAGACGAAAUUGGGCUUGGGAAUCAGCAUUGCAGGUUUGAUGUUCAUCUUUUCGUAUUCAUGAUGAUCUUGCACGCAGUCGCAGUUGAUUCGUGACCUUGUCAACAGCGAGUUCUAUUUUCUAGAUUGGUUUUCGCACCAAAACUGCAUGCGAAAUGACAUCGACAACACAUCAGGUCUGCGAUUCGACGACGUCGACUUUACUUCGGACCGGUUCAGCGACCGUCUCGGCGCCGUGCGGGUGGACCUGUCGGUCGGCGGUUUCCCGGCCGCCUGCAGCCCCACGCUCUCCCUGGCGGACGACAAUUUCGACCGCAUUCUGGGCAUCCCCACGGAGAACAUCGGGAGCACGGAAGGUCUGUCGUUCCUGGUCGGCAACGGGUGGAACGAUGCGGUGCUGUCCAUGGAGGGUUCGCUGCCGUACAUGAACCGGCAGGUCGGGCGGCGGCUGCUGCUCGACGCGGGAGCCGCGAACGGCAACGGGAAUUCUAACGACUUGUACAACCAGCAAAGCACAAUUCCCUGCACCACGGCCUUUUUGAACGUGACCGUCAACGACAAAGGCAACUUCGGCAAGGGCGCGCCGUUGGAGGCAAGUCUGUCGCUGCUGUUCACUAUCGUGGCGUAAGGGAUGGGGGGAUAGGAUUUUGGAAGAAAGUGGAGGAGAACAUCAUGCAUUCAAUUUUCGGGCGGAUGCAGGAAGACGUCCGAUAACCCGUCCACAAGGCUUCAUGCCGAGGCGGAACAAGCUAGGAAUUUGAUCAGAACCACACGCACAAGCAAGCCAAAGGAAAUAUUCAAUAUGACAAUUACCAGAUCCAGGAGCAGUAUGGGAAAUACUUAUCACGUUAGCAGUAGCACCAAAAUCGAACUAUGUAUUGUUUCUAACUACGUAGCAGCUGCUAGCAUAGCUAGCAGACCGAUCCCAGCAAUUGGUGAGGACUUUUAUGUUUGUUUCGAGAAAUCUUUACGUCGUGCCACAGCGGUAUGUUUUGCUUUACUUUUUUUGUCGUUCAGGUUGUGAAUUAGUACUUUGUUCAAAACUAAAUACCAUCUUGGUCCUUGUCCCUUCAGUUUCGAUUUUGCUGGACAAGAAAAUUCCUGUAAAUCACUUUGGAUAUAAACUUACAAAGAACAUGCAUUACUUCGAAAAGAAGCGUACGCUUAGAAGACCUAGGCCGUUGUGGCGAGAUACAUCUUGUCGAUAAGUAGAAGACUGAAUUCGUGACAUUCGAUUUUUACUCAAUACGAAAUUCCGCCUAUAGCCCAAAAUUUAAAGAUUUAAUUAGUUCAACAGGGGAUCGGAAAUUUUCUGGUCCCAUCCACAAGGUAUCGAUGGUUUUUUUCAUUUGGUUUCAGGUACCCAGCCACAAUGUUACUGCUCAUGUAGCUCUGUUCAUCUUUUGUCGUAACUGGGCGCCGUGCAGGGCGUGGAGCACUGCCGGGCGUCGACUUCGCGUUCGCUCCAGGAAGGUUAAAUUGGUCAUCCUUGCGUAGAGCCGCAGCCGCACGAUGCGUUUCUCGUCUCUGUGUUACACAGAUUAGACGCACUGCAAGUAAAAAAUGUACAAGAAUAGAAAGCGGCUAAAAAUGCAGCCUCACGGGGCACGACGGGACGGCAUAGUGGAG